UGAAUCUUUAAUAUCUGUUCUCUUAUCAGUUAACCUCAUUUCAUGAUUUUUAGACAAAUCCUACUGUACAUCAAAUAAUAUAACAAAUUUGAUUCUGAAAAUGUAUUCAAGUAAUAAUACUGACGUAGUGGAGCACAUAUCAGUAUUUCUCUUUGGUGCCUUAUGUGUUUGCACUUUUACUGGUAACAUAUUGGUAAUCAUCAUUCUGAUUACAGACUCUAAGCUUCACAAGAAGCAAAAUGCUUUCAUCGGACUGUUAUCGCUGGCGGACAUGUCUUAUAGCAUCUCAAGCUUUUUGAUAACUAACCAAACCGACAGUAAAAAUGACUUUAAUAUAGUAUGGUGCAUUGUUGAUGGAACACUGCUGACGUCUGUUUUGUCACUUGCUGCAAUCGCGAUUGAUCGUUAUAUUGCUUUGAUCUGGGCUCCAUUUCGCUAUAAUAUCAUUGUUACUCCAAAGCGCUGUGUUACUGUUUGCCUUCUACUUGGAUUUGGUCCAGUUGUAUUGUUUUAUAUAAUCUAUAAUUUUGAUUACAACAUUUCAAACUAUAUCAUUAUAGUCUGUGUAUCUGUUACACUUACAAUGAACACUUGCCUUUAUCGGAACAUCUAUAAACAAUUGCAACGGAAACAGGGAGACAUUCCAGUAAUGCAACAAGACUUAGAAGAAUCUAAGAAGUUACUUAAGACAUUCAUAAUUGUAGUUGGAAUAUUCAUCAUGACCUGGAUUCCCUACAUAAUAAUAACAGUUAUCAUUCAAAUAUUAUUUAAUUAUGAGAAAGUAAGUUUUGAUAGUUAUUUAUUGAUAAUGGUAAAUGCAUAUGGAUUAACUCUGCUAAAUUCUUUAGCUAAUCCAAUAAUUUAUUGCUUCAGAAUGCCCUCGUUUCGUAGGGCAGCUCUGAAACUUGUUUGUCAUUAG